CGCAUGCGCACUUGGUCAAAAACACUACAUAAUUCCAGACAAGACAUUGUUUUCGGUUGCUUGUACAUCAUUAUUUAUACCUUUUUUGGAAGUACAUACCGGGCGUGACGGCAGUAAAUGAAGAUAAUUGCUCAGCCAAACUCCAUAUUUGACGCUGGAUCCGGACGAGGAAUAUAAAGCCAGUCGCACGUUGUAGCAGCUCACAAAGCAGGCGAGCCUGUGAGAGUAUUUAGCUAACGUUACGCCUGCAGAAGAAUUUGUGGAAGAAUUGAGAGAAACAGGCAGCAUGGUGAAUCAAGUGCAGAGAGUCGAAGACACAUGGCGAACAUGCAGCAAAAGCGACUCAAGUGGCGCGAGCAACAGCGGUUGCGAGAGUUCCAAGGAAAGCUCUCGCUCCUCGACGCCGGUGUUGGACACCGACCGCACGGACAGGCUACGGGACAAGAUGCGCCGCCGGACGGAGUCGGGCGACCACUGGUUUUCCCUCGAGUUCUUCCCCCCUCGCACUGCAAGUGGAGCUGUCAACCUCAUCUCUAGAUUUGAUCGCAUGGGCUCAGGGGGGCCCCUGUUCAUAGACGUUACCUGGCAUCCGGCAGGGGACCCGGGUUCAGACAAGGAGACCUCCUCCAUGAUGAUCGCCAGCACAGCGGUCAACUACUGUGGCCUGGAGAGCAUCCUGCACCUGACCUGCUGCAACCAGACCAAAGAAAAGAUCACUGGGUACCUGAGCAAAGCCAAACGCCUUGGCCUGAAGAACAUCAUGGCUCUAAGAGGAGAUCCUAUGGGGGCUGACUGGGAAGAGGAAGAAGCGGGCUUCAACUACGCCACAGACCUAGUCAAACACAUACGCUGCGAGUUUGACGACUACUUUGACAUCUGCGUUGCCGGCUACCCCACUGGCCACCCGGAGGCGGAGAGCUACGACGAGGACCUGAGACAUCUGAAGGAGAAAGUGGACGCUGGCGCCGACUUCAUCAUCACCCAGCUCUUUUUCCGGGCUGACACCUUCCUCAAGUUUGUCAGAGACUGCAGGGCCAUAGGAAUCACCUGCCCCAUCCUACCAGGCAUCUUCCCUAUCCAGGGCUACCAGUCUCUGAGGCAGCUGGUCAAACUGUCCAAGCUGGAGGUGCCCGAGGAGAUCAUGCAGGUCAUCGAGCCCAUCAAGGACAACGAUGCGGCCAUCCGCAACUACGGCAUUGAGCAGGCUGUGGGUAUGUGCCGCGUGCUGCUGGAGAGCGGUGAGGUGCCGGGCCUCCACUUCUACACGCUGAACCGUGAGGUAGCCACCAUGGAGGUACUGCGGCAGCUGGGCCUGUGGAUCGAGGACCCCAGGCGGACACUCCCCUGGGCGGUGAGCGCUCACCCCAAACGCAAAGUGGAGGACGUGCGGCCCAUUUUCUGGGCCUCCAGACCCAAGAGCUAUAUCUACAGAACACAGGAUUGGGAUGACUUCCCCAAUGGACGAUGGGGAAACUCGUCAUCUCCGGCCUUUGGUGAACUCAACGAUUACUACCUGUUCUACCUUAAGAGUAAGUCGUCCAAAGACGCCCUGCUGAAGAUGUGGGGCGAGGAGCUGACCAGCGAGCAGAGCGUCUACGAGGUCUUCACCAGCUAUAUCACGGCCCAGCCCAAUGUUGCCGGACACAAGGUGAUGUGUCUGCCGUGGAAUGACGACCCGCUGGCCCCGGAGACCAACUUGCUGAAGGACGAGCUGGACAAGGUAAACCGCAGGGGAGUCCUCACCAUCAACUCCCAGCCCAGCAUCAACGGCAAGCCCUCGUCAGACCCCAUCGUGGGCUGGGGCCCCCCUGGUGGCUACGUCUUCCAGAAGGCUUAUCUGGAAUUUUUCACCUCAAGCGAAAAUGUCACCGCUCUCCUCAAAGUGCUAAAGAAGUACGAGCCUCGCGUCAACUACCACAUCGUCAACGUUCACGGUCAGAAUACUACGAACGCCCAUGACAUGCAACCCAACGCUGUGACAUGGGGCAUCUUCCCCGGCAGGGAGAUUGUCCAGCCCACCGUGGUGGAUCCAGUCAGCUUCUUGUACUGGAAGGACGAGGCCUUUGCCCUGUGGAUCGAGCAGUGGGCCAAGCUGUACGAAGACGAGUCCCCAUCACGUAUGAUCAUCAAGUAUAUCCACGACAACUACUUCCUUGUCAACCUGGUGGACAACGACUUCCCUUUGGACAACUGCUUGUGGCAGGUCAUCGAUGAUAUGUUUGAGCUGCUUGACAACCCCCCAGAGGAGCAAACCGCGGAGCAACCUGCAGAGCAACCCAACGAUGAGCAAUCCGACAAGGAACAGCCUGGAAAGUAACCAUGGCGAUAGCCACCAACUGAGCGACUUUUUUUUCUUUGGUGCUGCUUUCGAUAACUUUUCACUAAACAAACACCAAAGUACUUAACUACAGUAUUAUACCAUACAGUAUAUACUUUUGAAAAAUAUACUUAAAAAAAUAUAUAUAUAUAUUAUCUGGAGGAUGGAUCUUAAUCAAGAGGUACUUCAGUGAAUGAAUACGAUGACAAAUACAGUGCAUUUGAAAAGCAUUCAGACCCUUUCACUUUUUCAACAUUUUGUUACGUUACUGGCUUGUUCUAAAAUGUAUUAUCCUUUUUUUUAACUACUCAAUCUACACACAAUACCCCAUAAUGACAAAGCGAAAACGUGAUUUAAAAAAUAUUUGCACAUUUAUAAACAAAAUAAUUGAAAUACCUUAUUUACAUAAGACCCUUUGUGAUGAGACUUGAAAUUGACAUCUGGUGCAUCCUGUUUCCAUUUAUCAUCCCUGAGAUGUUUCUACAACUUGAUUUGGAAAGGCACACCCAUCUAAAUAAGGUCCCACAGUUGACUGCAUGUCAGAGCAAACACCAAGCCAUGAGGUCGAAGGAAUUGUCCGUAGAGCUCUGAGACAGGAUUGUGUUGAUGCACAGAUCUGGUGAAUGGUACCAAAAAAAUGUCUGCAGUAUUGAAGGUUCCCAAGUGGCCUCCAUCAUUCUUCAAUGGAAGAAGUUUAGAACCACCAAGACUCUUCCCAGGGCUGGGCGUCUGGCCAAACUGAGCAAUUGGGGAAGAAGGCUUUGGUCAGGGAGGUGACCAAGAACCCAACGGUCACUCUGUCAGAGUUCCUCUGGAAAUUGGAGAACCUUCCAGAAGGACAAACAUCUCUGCAGCACUCCACCAAUCAGACCUUUAUGGUAGAGUGGCCAAACGGAAGACACUCCUCAGUAAAAGGCACAUGACAGCCCAAUUGGAGUUUGCCAGAAGGCACCUAAAGGACUCUCAGACCAUGAGAAACAAGAUUCUAUUGUCUGAUAAAACCAAGAUUGAACUGUUAGGCCUGAAUGCCAAUCGUCACGUCUGGAGGAAACCUGGCACCAUCCCUACGGUGAAGCAUGGUGGUGACAACCAUCCCCACGACAUGAGGCUAUCAGUGGCAGGGACUGGGAGACUAGUCAGGGUCGUGGGAAAGAUGAACGGAGCAAAGUACAGCGAGAUCCUUGAUGAAAACCUGGUCCAGAGUGCUCAGGAUCUCAGACUGGGAUGAAGGUGAACCUUCACAACAGGACAAUGACCUUAAGCACACAGCCAAGACAAUGCAGAAGUGGCUUCAGGACAAGUCUUUGAAUGUCCUUGAGUGGCCUAGCCGGAGCCCGGACUUGAACCCGAUCGAACAUCUCUGGCGAGACCUGAAAAUGAUUGCAGCGGCGCACCCCAUCCAACCUGACAGAGCUUGAGAGGAUCUGCAGAGAAGAAUGGGAGAAACUCCCCAAAUACAGGUGUGUCAAGCUUGUAGCGUCAUCCACAAGAAGACUCACGGCUGUAAUAGCUGCCGAAGGUACUUCAACAAUAUACUGAAUUAAGGGUCUGAACUUAUAUACAUUUUAAAUUUUGAGAAAAAUAAAAUGUUUUGUCAUUAUGGGGUAUUGUGUGUAGAUUGAUGUGAAAAAAACAAUUUAAUCAAUUAGAAUGAGGCUGUAACAAUGUGGAAAAAUCAAGGGGUCUGAAUACUUUCUGACUGCAUUGUAACACAGGGAAACGUUUUGUAAUUUUUAAACCAUUUUAAUUGUGUGUUUGGUGUAUCUAUCUAAACGUAUGUGGACACCUUCAAAGUAGUUGAUUCGGCUAGUUCAGCCACACCCCUUGCUGACCGGUGUAUAAAAUGGAGCAAAUAGCCGAGCAUUCUCCUUAGACAAACAUUGGCAGUACAGUGGCCUUACCGAUAAGCUCUGCGACUUUCAAAGUGGCAUCGUGAUAGGAUGCCACCUUUCCAACAAGUCAUUUUGUCAAAUUUCUACCCUGCUAGAGCAGCCCCGGUCAACUGUAAGUGCUGUUGUUGUGAAAUGGAAACGUCUCGGAGCAACAAUGUCUCAGUCGCGAAGUGGUAGGCCACAAGCUCACACAACGCGACUGCCGAGGGCUGAAGCACAUAGCGUGUAGAAAUCAUCUAUCCUCGGUUGCAACACUCACUACCAUUUUCCAAACUACUUCUAGCUUCAUGAAAUGGGUUUCCAUUGCCGAGCAGUCGCACACUUGCCUAAGAUCACCCUACGCAAUGUGAAGUGUUGGCUGGAGUUGUGUAAAACUCGUCGCCAUUGGACUGGAGCAGUGGAAACACGUUCUCUGGAGUGAUAAAUCACACUUCACCAUCUGGCAGUCCAACGGGUGAAUCUGGGUUUGGCGGAUACCAGGAGAACGCUAUGUGCCCCAAUCUAUAGUGCCAACUGUAAAGUUUGGUGGAGGAAUAAUUGUCUGGGGCUGUUUUUCAUGGUUUGGUUAGGUCCCUUAGUUCCAGUGAAGGGGAAAUCUUAACCCUACAGUAUACAAUAACAUUCUAGACAAUUCUGUGCAUCCAACUUUGUUUCAACGUGACAAUGCCCCCACGCACAAAGCGAGGUCCGUACAGAAAUGGUUUCUCGAUCUGUGUGGAAGAACUUGCUUGCACAGAGCCUUGACCUCAACCCCAUCGAACACCUUUGGGAUGAAUUGGAACGCCGACUGCAAGCCAGGCCUAAUCGCCCAACAUCAGUGCCCAAUCUCACUAAUGCUCUUGUGGCUGAAUGGAAGCAAGUCCCUGCAGCAAUGUUCCAACAUCUAGUGGAAAGCCUUCCCAGAAGAGUGGAGGCUGUUAUAGCAGCAAAGGGGGGACCAACACCAUAUUAAUGCCCAUGAUUUUGGAAUGAAAUGUUCGACGAGCAGGUGUCCACAUGCUUUUGGUCAUGUAUGUACUUGAGUGUGAGAGAACUGUGGUAUAUUGGAAACUGUUUUUCAUUAUGUGAAUUUAAGAGCUGUAGACUAGAGCAUUUCGUAAGACUAAACUCUCUUUUAAACCAAAGUUUAAAUAGAGAAAUACAAGGAUAUUUCUCCUGACGAGUCAGGGUUACCAGAACACACAAGCAUCGACAGACUUGAUUUGUGAUUACCAUUGUAAUCUGCCAUAGACAAUAAUUGAAAAUAAUACACACUAUGAGCUGCUGCUAAGAUGUCACCUGAGGCCUUAACUAACAAGCAUUUAAGCAGUGACCUCACUGCUUUUAUUUUGUCUUUCUCUGUUUCAUAUCUAUUACCGUUGUGCAACGUCAAUUAAACAACAAGCAUACUUUACAUGUUGCAAUGCUCAAUUGCCA